GAGUUAAAGAUCCAGACUUCGGCGCCCGCCUCGCAGAGGUCCGAGGCAGGGCACCAGCGACCAUCUUUGCAAUCGACGAGACCUACAUGGGCUUCACUGAAGGCAGCGAGGAUGACCAACUGCUGCUCUCUCUCGCUGAGGAGUAUGACAAUGUUGUGCUCAUUCGUUCGCUUUCCAAGGUAGAGGGCCUGGCGGCUGUGCGGCUGGGCUGGGCCCAAUCCACCCCCAACACGGUGCGAGCCAUUUCAGAAGGCUUACCCUUUGCAGGGCAGCUCUACAUCUCUGAGUUGGCUUUGGCAGGUGCCUUGGCCGCCCUCCGCGGGCCUGCAGCGCCGGAGCAUCGAAGACAGGUGCGGAAGUUCUAUGAAGAGGAGCAGCAGUGGCUGCGGGAGCAACUGGAGGAGAUAGGAUUCGAGACCUUCGCUUCACAGGCGCCCUUCUUUGUGCUUCGGGGCCCCGCAGACGCCUUGCAGGCAGCCGUGAAGGCGGGCGCUGCGGUGCAGCGCUUUGAUUUCCCCGGCGACCAGGGCUCCGAGCGAAGAUCGGCCGUUUGCCUGGUCGCAGACCGGGCCUCCAACGAAACGACGCUCAGGUGCCUUGUGCCAGAGAAAGAGGAGGAUCCGCUUGCCUGGGCGGCGGGCAUGUGA